AUGGGAAAUAGAAAGCUUAUCAUAGGGGUAGAUGUUGGUGGAACGAAUUCCGACUUGGUAGUUGUCGAACCGGAGAAGUUAGGUACCGAGUCAAAAGGGGUCAUUGCUUGGCAUAAAUCUGUCACAACCCCAGAUGUUUCAGUUGGUAUUGAACAUGCAAUUACGACUGUUCUAGGGAAUCCAAAAUAUGGCAUUUCAAAAAAUGAAAUAAUAUCAAUAACUAUUGGUACUACACAUUUCAUCAAUGCCGUGAUUGAGAGAGAUGCAAAUAGACUUGAAAAAGUUGCAGUGAUUAGACUUGCUGGACCAUUUGGACAAAGUUUGCCUCCUUUUGGAGAUUUCCCAGAAGAUUUAGCUGAUAUUAUUAAUGGGUAUUUUUGCAGCAUUGAUGGUGGUUCUCAUAUUGGAGGUGGUGAUAUAAGGAAAUUGGAUAAGUCUGCCUUGAGACGAGAGUGCAAAAAAAUUAGAAGUCUUGGAAUUACAGCUGUUGCAAUUGUUGGAAUAUUUUCCAACAUGAAUGCAAGUCAGGAGAAAGAAGCAGGUGCAAUUGUUUCUGAAGAAAUUCCCGGUUGCGAUGUUGUUCUCUCUCAUACGAUAUCCGGAAUUGGUAUGGUAGAAAGGGAAAAUGCCACUAUUUUAAAUGCCUCAAUUAAGAAAUUUGGACAAAAAAUUAUUCAUUCUUUUGUUGGGGCCGCUAGAAGGCUUGGCUUGCGUUGCCCUGUGAUGCUCUCUCAAAAUGAUGGUACUGUUCUUUCAAUCAAAGGUGCUUUGGAGACACCGAUUAAAACGUUUUCUUCGGGUGCCACUAACUCCAUGAGAGGUGCAGCUAUUUUAUGCUCGGAGGAUCCUGAUGUUAAGCAUAAUAAUGUUAUUGUUUGUGAUGUUGGAGGUACCACAACAGAUGUGGGUCAAAUUCUCAGUAGUGGAUUUCCACGGCAAUCUGCUAUGUACUCAUACGUUGGAGGAGUGCGCAUGAAUUUUUCAAUGCCUCACGUUGUGUCCAUUGGUCUUGGUGGAGGUUCCAUAGUAAGGGGAAAUGAAACAACGGCGUUACUUGAUAUUGUCACCAAAUCUUUAGUUUUCGGUGGUAAUACAGUCACAACGACUGAUGUUUCUGUGUCGAUACGACAAAAGGAGUCAAAUGACGGAAAUUCAGGUGAGCUUAUCGAAAUUGGUGAUCCAAAUAGAGUUAAGGAUAAGUUUUCUUCCAAUUAUUUGGAAAAAUAUCAGCAAGUUCUUAAAAGGCACCUUGAAAAGGUUAUUGAUAGAGUGAAGACGUCACGAAGGGAUAUACCUGUAAUUUUUGUUGGUGGAGGUUCGUUCAUUGCUCCAGAUAAAUUGGCGGGAACAUCUAAAGUGAUUAAACCGCCAUACUCUCAGGUGGCUAAUGCCAUUGGUGCUGCCUUGGGAAAAAUCUCUUCCUCAAUUUCAGAAUUUAAAACACUCAAGGGAGCAACUGACGAAGAAAAGCAAAGUGUUAUCAAUGAAUUAAUUGCAAGGGCAAAAAAUGAUGCUAUCUUGAAGGGUGCCAGCAGCUCUUCACUUGAAGUUGUUAAUAUUGUUUCCGAUGCAGUUCCGUAUGUUGAAAACGUUUAUGAUUUUGAAGUCAAAGUUGUUGGUGAUGUCGACUAUGACAAAGCUCUUGAGUUGACAAGAAAAGCUGAGACUGAGCAAAGUCUCCCCUUCGAUAAUGAAUUUUUGACCGUGGCCGUGUACAAGCAUGCUAAAGUGUCUAGCAAAGAACAAGAGCAAUUUGAUUAUGAAAGUUAUAGACCAAAGAUUGUUAACGGAAUUUGGAAGCUCACUGAAACUGACAUAGAUUUCAUUGGACGUGGAGCAUAUAUAUUGGGUUGUGGAGGAGGUGGAGAUCCGCAUAGUUCUGUUAUUGAACUUAAAAGAAUGAUUAGACAUGGUCAUAAUAUUCAGAUUUUGACAUUGGAUAAAUUCUCUAGUCUUACGAGUGGAACUGAAAGGCUUCAUGCCGAUGAGAUCCUUGAGGCCUUGGAUAGAAUGGAGCAGUAUGAGGGUAAAAAAACGGAUGGAAUAUUUAUGUUUGAGAUAGGAGGAGGGAAUGGGCUCAGUGGCCUUUGGACUGCAGCUAUGAAAAAUCUUCCCGUCAUAGAUCUUGAUCUAAUGGGACGUGCUUACCCAACACAGUGGCAAUCACUUCCUUCUGUCUACAGCGAAAACAGAGGCUAUCCAUAUCUUACUGUUUCUGAUGGAAAUGGGUUUGAAUUAACAAUUAACAGUGCGAUAGAUGAUAUUCAGAUGGAAGAUAUCAUGAGAGAUUGUAUGUAUAAUCGUGGUUGUCAAGGUGCAUGUGUGGAACCUUCAAUGGAUAUUGAACAGAUGGAGCAGCAAACUGUUCAUAAUCCAGUUUCCUUGUCAUGGAGAAUUGGACGUGCAGCAUACUUGGCUGCCUAUCACUCGGAUUUGGAUCAUCUACCUAGCUAUAUAAUUAAUUCCUCUGGCGGUUCAAAGUGCACAAAAUGCAUUCUGAAGGGAAAAAUUGUUUCUGUCGAGAAAAAACUUAAAAGGGGGUACGGAUAUGGUGUUGUGGAAAUCGAAAGUCUCCCGGGUGUGAUCGAACUGGACAAAAAAGUAAAGAAAACUGUCAUUAGAAUGCCGUUUAAAAAUGAGAAUAUUGUUGCCUAUCAAGUUGAAGAUAACAGGCUUAUUCCUUUGUGCUCUGUCCCAGAUUUGAUCACCCUAGUUGAUGAGGAUGGAAAUGCAGUAGGAACCCAAGAUUAUCGUUACGGUUUGAUAGUCUAUAUCAUGGUUUUUGCCGCCUCAAAUAAGUGGAGAACACAAAGAGGAUUACAAAAUGGUGGUCCACAAGCUUUUGGUGAAGAGUUCAAGGAUGUUAAAUAUCAGCCUAUUGGAGAUUAUUUUGAAACAUUACCUGUUUCUUUAGAGUAUGAAGGGUUACAUGGGAAUUAG